GGAGGAAGGGAAAGAAGAGUGCUGGCAUCUGUGGUAUUUAUCUGUCAGAACAGAGAAGCAAAAUGUUGUAGCUAUCAUUCGUGUUGCAAAGUGACAGCUUCAGAAAUAUAAAAUGAAUGGCGACGGAGACUUACGGGAAAGAAUUUCGCAGUUACUAAAUCACCAAUACUAUGUCAGGCAAAUUUCUGAACGACUGGGUAUUCCUCUCCGAACAUUGCAAAGGAUGAUGUCAAGAAUGGGAAUAGCUGUUAGAAGAAGAUACAGCAGAAUCCCUUAUCGGAACCUCCAAAAUAUUAUCCACCGACUUAUUAGUGAAAAUAACAACAUCGGAUAUCGUCAAGUAACAGUGAGGCUGCGAUUAAUGGGCCAUCAAGUGAGAAGAGCCACUGUAAUCCAAACUAUUGCAGAAAUAUUUGGACCUCGGAACCAAAGAAGGAGAGUUGCAAGGAGAGUGUAUCGUGUAAGGGCACCACUCUCCAUUGUUCACAUUGAUGGAAACCAUAAGAUUUCCAGAAAGUGGCGCUUCGUCAUUCACGGAGGCAUUGAUGGAUACUCCCGUUUAAUUUUUUUUAUGCGUGUAUCUUCAAAUAACAGAGCGAAAACUGUGCUAGAAGGAUUUUUAUCAGGAGUUGAAGAAUAUGGGUUGCCAUCUAGAAUCAGGACUGAUCGUGGAGGAGAAAACGUUGGAGUAGGAGAAUUUAUGCUUCGAGCUCGGGGACUUAACAGAGGAAGUUGCAUGACUGGUUCCUCUGUUCAUAAUCAAAGAGUAGAAAGGAUGUGGCGCGAUGUCAGAAUGGGAUGUGUGUCAAUUUUCGAACGGGAAUUUGCAGAUAUGGAAGAAGAGGGAUUACUAGACGCCGACGAUGAGCAUGACAUGUACUGCUUGCAUACUGUGUACUACAAUGUCAUAUCUGAACACUUAAAAGAAUUUGUUGGUUACUGGAAUGCUCACCGCCUUCGUGGCCGUCCUACACCUACACAAAUGUUCAUCGAUGGAACUAUAGCACUCCAAGAACGUGCAACAAACGAGGGAAGGGAAUUUACUGAACUCAGACAAGAUAUUGAAAUUCCACGGUUAGAAGACAUUCACCUGCCAAGAGAAAACAGAAGAAAUCAAAUAGUAAUUCCACCCAUCAGGAUUGUAUUGAACAACGAGGAUCAUAAUGAGUUUCAAGAAAUUUAUGCAACUGGAUCAACAAGGAUUGCAGUAGCUAGAGACCGCUACAUCGAAAUGAGGCGGCAUUUGCGUCGUCACAUAAAUAUGUACUACUAAACAGUCAGAUAAAUAAAAUGCAGAUCCCUUGCUGCGCAAAGACAAUAAA